ACCGCAACGGCGGUGCCUCCCAGGCUGGCAUCCUCGCCGUCGGACUGCCCUCCGCGCCUUCCUCUCCAACCGCUUCAUCAAUCUCCGCCACCGCCGCCGGACUACUCCAUCAACGUUUUCCCUCCUUCUAUCCCUAAGUAAAUGGGAUGCUCCCUCACUUUUAGGCGUUUGUUUCCAUUGCGUCGCCGAUCAUCGACUGACAAAGCAGCAAUGAUCAUGAACAAAAAGAAAAUGCAUAGAGAUGAUAGCAAUGCCAACGAUAUCACAAGAAGAGAAGAACUUUGAACAGCAAAGCGCAUGGUUUCCUAAAAAUGCCACCUUUGGCGACAGGGCUUUUGCACCACUGCAAGAGAGGUUGAGUUUCCAUGAGCUCGAAAUUAAAGAAGUUUGUAGAUGAGAUACGAUGCCAGUAAAUCGGUUUCUGUUUUGUGCACCUGCCGAGCAAGCUCGGCAUGGAUGCUUCCUGUGAAAUUGUUCUCUAUUAGCCGAAGGCUGAUCAUCUACAUGAAGUUGCCUAUCUCAGGAGGUAAUGAUCCACACGACUGAUUGGUACUAAAAUCUAUUGCCUAAUAAAUUGUUGCUUUAAACUGUCGAAACCGAUAAAGGUGAGUGAAGAGGUUAGUUCACUCAGCCAUGUAUAUUGUGUGAAGUUUGAUACACAAAGAACAAGAAAAUUCAAUGAAACCAGAAGGUUGUAAAACACACCAGAUCACCUGGUUACAGUCUAACAUCGCGACAGCAAUUCAAGAGUCCUCACCCCUCAGCCACCGCACUCGAAGAAUACCGAGUUAAGCAACUAAUCCAAGACGACCAAGAUUUACCAGCUGACAGACAAAGAUAAAAUCUAAUAGCACUCUUUCAGCCUGUUCAUCAGCUUCACAAGGCACUUUGACAACCACCUUUCCAGUGAUCGAGUAUCCUUCUGAUCCUUUUUCUUGGCAUGGCAGAAAAGAGGAUGGCCAUAAGAUCUACAAGGAGAUGAGUAGCCGAAGGUGUCCCCCUGACUUGACUCUUCUAAAUACUUACAUGGAUUGCACCUUCAAGGCAGGCGAAGUUGAAAAGGGCCGUGCCAUAUUUGAGCACAUCAGAGAUUGUGGAUUAUCCCCUGAUACUUAUAGCUAUUUUGCAUUGAUUCAUGGUCUCACGAAAGCUGGCCAUGCACGUGAAACAUACAAGUUGUUUUACGCCAUGAAAGAUCAAGGUUGUGUGCUAGACAGACGUGCAUAUAAUGUUGUCCUUGAUGGUUUCUGCAAGGCAGGUAAAGUAGAUAAAGCUUACCAGCUCCUGGAAGAGAUGAAGGCCCAGGGCCAUCCUCCCACCGUGGUUACAUAUGGGACGGUGAUAGAUGGUCUUGCAAAGAUUGAUAGGCUUGAUGAGGCUUACAUGCUAUUUGAAGAAGCAAAAUCGCUUGGCAUAGUGUUGAAUGUUGUUGUUUACAGUAGUUUAAUAGAUGGUUUCGGUAAACUAGGGAGGAUCGACGAAGCUUAUCUGAUUAUGGAAGAGAUGAUGCAGAAAGGUCUAACGCCUAACGUGUAUACAUGGAAUUGUCUAAUGCAUGCUCUAGUGAAGGCACAGGAGAUAAAUGAAACGCUUGUUUGUUUUCAGUCGAUGAAAGAAAUGAAGUGCACUCCCAACACCUAUACUUACACCAUUCUUAUAAAUGGUUGUUGUCGAGUGCAGAAGUACAACAAGGCUUUUGUAUUCUGGCAAGAAAUGCAGAAAAAUGGUCUGGUUCCUAAUGUGGUCACCUACACAACCAUGAUAUCGGGAUUGUCGAAAUUAGGGAACAUAUCAGAGGCUAGUAAACUCUUUGAGAAGUUUAAGGCUAACAGUGGUAUUCCCGACUCAGUUAGCUUCAAUGCUCUCAUAGAAGGGAUGAGCAAUGCCAAUAGACCGAUGGAUGCUUACAAGGUUUUUGAAGAAACUCGAAUAAGGGGAUGUAAAAUUAAUGCCAAGACUUGUAUGGCUCUCCUAGAUGCAUUGAACAAGGCUGAAUGUCUUGAGCAGGCUGCCAUUGUUGGUGCUGUCUUGAAGGAGAUGGCGAAAUCCCAGCAUGCUGCUAGAUCAUUGUAGAGUGCACAUUGAUGUGGUAAAAUGAAGUUUAUCCUUGUCCUAAUAAAAGAAUUCCUUCACAAAAGAUACAUUUGUCUUGUUGUACAAGUUGUUGUUCCUGAGAAAACAUUACUUAUGCUCCGACAUAACAAAGAUAGGUUGAGAAUCACAUAUCUGUUGCUAUUGAUUUUGGCACAUCAGUUAGAGAAUUCUUACCAUUUGUUCCUGCUAGCUGACCGAAGGUUUCUUGACUCCAAUCAUUUUUUCAUCAUGAAGGUUUAUGAAGGAUGCACCAUUGAGGUACUAGAAAGAUAAGCUCUCAUGUUCGAAUCAAUUAUGUUACUAGUUUAGUAGAAUGCUUUAAUGGAGUUAACAAAGUCUAGCAGCAUGUAUUUCUCAGCUAACAAUUUUGUUUCUCCCCCUAAACUUCGGUAGCUGUCCGAAAAAGGCUCUUAGACUCUUCAAAUCUUCAUUUUACCUCCAAUUUCCAUUAAUGUCUGUCAUCAGCAAGAAAUAGUCGUGUGGCACAUCGACAUUAAGAAUAACUACAAAUGUUCAUGUUAUGGCACCAUUCUACCGAACAAAACAUCCUGAUAAAAGCUCUGGUAGAGCUUCUCGAGAAGAUGAGCAGUGUUGAGGAAUCAGGUUGCUUCAUAUGAAACCUUGUAUCAUACAUGUUACUGCAUAUGAUUCUUUAACUUUGGACAGAGCUUUGCAGUUUCUCACAGCAUUUUGCGUGUAGUCUAGUCUCUUCAAGUUUCUGUUGUUCGGCAAUGCAAACUUCAAGCGAAAAUGCAAGAGACUUGAAUCCGCCAAAAGAAUCAGGGAUGAAGAUGUAUAUGCUUCAGGAAAUAGUUGUGUCAUCAGGAGGUUUGUCAAGACAAUCUCCAUCUACUUCUCUUGCAUUUAGUGUUCUGAAAGACAAAGAGACAUCCCGAUGUGCAAAUAAUAGGGCGAAUAUUGUAUUCAAGUUUCGAUCAGGAAUUUUUUUUAAGAAAAAAC